ACCUCCGAGCCCCAGCAGAGUCCCUGGGCGUGUGAACGCGGACAGGUGGCCUGGCUCUUGGUUUCCCCGACCCUCUCCCUUCUCCCUCUCUUCUAACGCGGCCCCCGCACCGGAAAGCCAUCUAGCUCCUUAGAGGCAAACUGACGACAGCGGAAGCCUAAUCCCACUGUUUGGGCUGGGCUGGAGCUAGCUGUCUCUCCGCCCUGAGGGUUGCGCCCGAGAGGUGGGUCAGUCUGGACAGCUGGGCGCCGGGGCCACAGUCUCCGCUCGGCGUGCUCUGAGCCGGAGGGGACCCCGCAGCUGCCCGUCGCCGCCCGACUCGCCGGGAGAGGCCGCCAGGCGCCUGAAGAGUGCGGGCAGGUGCGGGGAGAGCGUUGCGCGGCGGCGGCGACCAUGUCUGCGCGCUGCUGUGCCGGCCAGUUGGCCUGUUGCUGUGGUACUGCUGGAUGUUCCCUUUGCUGUAGCUGUUUCCCAAAGAUAAAACAAUCGACCAGCACCCGCUUUAUGUAUGCCUUGUACUUCAUCUUGGUGGCUCUCAUCUCUUGCAUCAUGAUGUCAGAAACCGUAGCAAAACAAAUGAAAGAACAUAUUUAUUUUUAUGAAACAGUAUGUCAACAUAUUCAAGCAGGUGACUCCUGUGAGAAGCUGGUGGGCUACUCUGCGGUUUAUCGAGUAUGUUUUGGAACAGCGUGUUUCUUUUUCAUCUUCUUUUUACUCACAAUUAACAUCAACAAUAGCAAAACCUGUCGUGCCUACAUCCACAAUGGAUUUUGGUUUAUUAAACUUCUCAUCUUGGCAGGAAUGUGUUCAGGAGCCUUUUUCAUUCCCGAUCAAGAUACCUUUCUUAAAGCAUGGCGUUAUGUUGGUGCAACAGGAGGCUUCCUCUUCAUCAUCAUUCAGCUUAUCCUCCUUGUAGAAUUUGCACACAAAUGGAAUAAAAACUGGACAUCUGGUACAAAGCACAAUCAACUUUGGUACGGCUCCUUAGCUCUUGUAACUCUCGUAUUGUAUUCCGUGGCUGUUGGAGCUCUAGCUGUGAUGGCUGUCUUUUAUACCAGUGCUGAUGGCUGUACAUUUAACAAGAUCCUGCUUGGCAUCAAUGGCGGCUUGUGCUUGCUUAUUUCAAUGGUAGCCAUUUCACCUUGUGUCCAAAACCGUCAGCCUCAUUCUGGCUUGUUGCAGUCAGGUAUUAUCAGCUGCUAUGUCAUGUACCUCACUUUCUCAUCCCUUUCAAGCAAACCUCCAGAAAUCAUCCUAGAUGAGAAUCAAAAUAAUAAAACAAUCUGUGCGCCUGACUUUGGCCAAGGGCUGCAAACAGAUGAAAAUUUGGUGACUGGGCUGGGAACUACAAUUUUAUUCUGUUGUAUUUUAUAUUCCUGUUUGACCUCAACAACACGAGCAAGCUCUGAAGCACUCAGAGGGAUAUAUGUUACACCUGAAACUGAAAUAGCUCGCUGCUGUUUCUGCUGUGCUCCUGAUGGAGUUGCUGAAGUUGAAGAGCAUAUUGGGAGAAAAGGCGGUCAGAGAGUAAUUUAUGAUGAAAAGAAAGGAACAGUAUACAGCUAUGCUUAUUUCCACUUUGUAUUCUUCCUGGCGUCUCUUUACGUGAUGAUGACUGUUACCCAUUGGUUCCAUUACGAAAAUGCUGCAAUUGAAAAAUUCUUCGUUGGAACCUGGUCCAUUUUCUGGAUUAAAAUGGCUUCUUGCUGGGUGUGUGUCCUUCUCUACCUAUGGACACUCCUAGCACCUCUCUGCUGCCCAACCAGAGGAUUCUACGUUUGAAACUGCUUCUGUUAUAACUCCAUUGAUUUAAUAAAUCACAAAGUUAUCUGUAUAAUCAUUUUCCUAACGUUGAUGGUUAGGACAGUGUUUCUCUCAUGGAACACUUACAUUUUGAGACAGUUUUUUUAAAAAUAUUUUUAUUAUUAUUAUCAGAAUUUCAAGGACACUGAAAAAAACAUAUCUUAGUUCAAUAUGGCAAAUCAGCUGGAUCUUAAAUAUAUGCGCAUAUGUGUUUGGUAUUCUAUAAUAAGCAAUACACAACCCUUUUAUUUAGAUUUAUGAAAAAGAGUUUAACACUUCACUAGAUGAAAUGUCACAUUUGGUGGGAAGAGUAUGAGGUCAGGAAGGUUUUUAUUCUGUAAUAGAUCUCAUAGUAAAUUAUUACAAAUCUGGAUUGUGAAUGAGAAAGAUUUGUGGGUAUAAAAAUAUUUAUUUAUAUUAAUGAAAAGCACCUUUUAUGAAUUAGUUGGGUGACAAAACAUGGAACCUGAAAAUUUGACUGGGAUGUGCAACACUGUAAAUGUUGGUGCAAUUAAUUAACUGUUAUGAGCCACUGUGGGGAGUAUAUGCAUUUAUCAAAGUAUUCAGUUAUGAAUAGUGGACAACAAAAUAAGAAUUCUAUCUUAUCAAAGAAUAUUUUUAAUAGGCCUGUGAAUUUUUUUUCUUUUAUCUUUCCUGCAUCUCUUCCGUUUCAUCCUUAAAUGCCAUAUAUUUCAAUGCACUCAUAUUUAAAUUCAAUAGUAGAUAAAUUAGGAAAAAGCAGUUGAAUUCAAAGUAAUUUUAUUAUCAUAGCUUGAACUGUAUUUUCAGUGGUAAUAAAGAUUUUUCAUUUCCAAUUCCUAAUUUGGCAUAAGAGUUUUUUUCCCAUGCCUAUCAAGUUUCAUUUGGAGAUUCCAGUCCAAACAUGCUUCUUAAUCAGGAAGCAAGAACCGUGAAAUACACCAGAACUAGGUUCAGAUUAAACAUAUUUAGGAUUACACUGCAAUCGUAAAUUUAAGAAUUAGCUUACGAAGAAACAGGCAUUACUACUUUCUUUUGAUUUAUCUGUGGAAGCUCAAUUCCCAUGUGCUGGAAAAGUUACACUAGAAUUAGUAGGCUGAUGCUGUCUUGCUUUAUUUUUUUGUGAAUUACAUUAAUUACAACAGCUGCUUCCAUUUAAUAUUUCUGAUAAAUGGAAAACCAACCACGAUGAUAACGAAGUGCCUGUUUUCAACGCUAAGCAGAUUAAUGAAGUUGCAAUAUUUUAACAUCAGAAACUAAUAAUUUGUGUUACUAUUUUUAUUUACUGCAUUUUCAUGUUGGGAUAGUUCUUCAUAUGCAAUUCUUUUUUAAUUUUUUUAAAACUUUUGAUACAGUGUUGACCUUUUGUAAAUAUCCAGGGAUAUGUAUAUGUUACAGUUUUUACUUGCAUGCAAUGUAAGUCUGUAUUGGGGGAAGUUAAUGGUUGAGACUUUGAGAUGAAUCCAUAGUACAAGUCAAGCAACUGGUGUUUUUAAAGUGUUUUGUUGGAGUUUUCAAGAAUAAUUUCAUAUUCAAAAAUAUUAUAGCUGUAAUUCCUUGAUCAAUAAACUUGAGUUUGUUAAAAAUUUCAA